AAAGCUAAAUUCUUUUCACUCUUUCUCUAUUUAGUCUGAUCUGUUUGGUUGUCUCAAUAAUCCUGAGAGCACGGAGAAAAGAAAAUUUCCAAGUUUUGGAAUCAGGCUGUUGAAGUCAGCCGAGCUAAACUAGGCCUGGUUGAAGCUCAGCUGAAUACAGUUUUCUACUUCUGAUUUUCUUGUCGUAUCUUUUUCCCGCUACAUUUUGCUAGUUACGAAACGGAGUGUAGAUUUUGCUUUGGAAUUUCGAUUCUCUUCUGUCUAGUCAAGUGUACGGGUUUUUAACAAUUGUACACAUACGGAUUGAUUCUUCUAUUUUACUCGCAUACGUGCAGAAAUUUGAGGAAAACCCCUGGCUUUUACUGGAUUUCGAGAAAUGGCUGAAGCUAAUGAGCAGCAAAGCCAACCCCUUGGUGAAGAUAAUGGAAAUGAAAUCGCCACUGAAAAUGCUGCAUUUGCGCAUGAAGAGCCUCCUCAAGAUGCUAAUGGUCCCCCAAGAGUUGAUUCUGAGGUGGAAAUCCUUCAUGAGAAAGUCACAAAGCAAAUCAUUAAGGAAGGUCAUGGACAAAACCCAUCCAAAUAUUCAACAUGCUUCUUGCACUACAGGGCAUGGACGGAAAGCACCCAGCACAAGUUUGAAGACACAUGGGAGGAGCAAAGACCACUUGAGUUGGUAUUAGGGAAAGAGAAGAAUGAAAUGACUGGCUUGGCUAUUGGUUUAUCCAGCAUGAAAUCUGGUGAACGUGCCCGGUUACAUGUGGGCUGGGAAUUAGGUUACGGGAAAGAAGGAAGUUUUUCUUUCCCAAAUGUUCCACCUAUGGCAGACAUAAUAUAUGAAGUCGAGCUCAUUGGAUUUGAUGAGACCAAAGAAGGCAAAGCUCGUGCUGACAUGACUGUGGAGGAGAGGAUUGUUUCAGCAGAUCGAAGAAAGAUGGAUGGAAAUGCUUUAUUUAAGGAGGAAAAACUGGAGGAGGCUAUGCAACAGUAUGAAAUGGCCAUUGCAUAUAUGGGUGAUGACUUCAUGUUCCAAUUGUUUGGGAAGCACAGGGACAUGGCUUUGGCUGUUAAGAAUCCAUGUCACCUUAACAUGGCAGCAUGUCUAAUAAAGCUCAAGCGCUAUGAUGAAGCAAUCAUGCAAUGCAGCAUUGUGUUGGCAGAGGAUGAAAACAACGUCAAAGCACUGUUCAGACGAGGUAAAUGUCGAGCAGAACUUGGGCAAACAGAUACUGCCCGAGAGGACUUCCUGAAGGCACGGAAAUUUGCACCCGAAGACAAAGCAAUUGCGAGGGAGUUACGUUUGCUUGCCGAACAUGACAAGGCUCUUUAUCAGAAGCAAAAGGAGAUCUAUAAAGGACUCUUUGGACCAAGACCCGAACCGAAACCAAAGCGAUCUAAUAGGCUGGUUCUUUUUUGGCAUUGGUUGUUGUCACUGUUCUAUCGCCUUUUCAAGCGCGGAGGGCAUAAAGCAGACUAAUCAUAAGCAGAAGGACAAAGAUAUUUUGUGUACCAAGCAAGCAUGAUCUCAAGCAUUAAACGUUUAAGGCCAAAGGUUCCAGCGAUACGGACUCACAGUUAUUUCUUCAAGUGUGUGCUAAUUAACAUUUUUACCCUUCUCCUAGAAUAAAGCCCCGUUUGCGUUUAAUCUUGUUGUGACCUCAAAUACUUAUUGGUAUCAUAGCCAUUUUCUGGCCAUUGCAUUUGAAAUAAACAUUUCACAUGAUGCUGGACUGGAGCUCUGAUGAUUUGAUCAAUAAGACCUCAAGGUUCCCUUGUGGGCAAAUGUAACAAAUUUUUUAGUUGA